AUGGAAUACGAGAAGCAGACAUUUGCAGUGCACAUAUGCUCGAGGAAUGGCGCAAUUCCAACCGAAGUAUACAACAUGGCCGGUGGCGUACCCAGUGAGUACUUCGAUGUUGGCAUUCCGGAUGGCACUGGCAACACUUAUCCACGCUUCUACUACGAUUCAAGAGAAGGCCGCUGCAUUCAGUUCUCGGUCUCAUUUUCUUUCACUAUACACUUCUGUCACAUUUACAACCCAUACGAUUUUUUAUGGAUCGCUAAAAAAACCUACCGCAGAAAAAUAGGAAAUAACACAAUACAAAGUACAAAGUAA